GCUGGGGGGCGCUGCAGGGACCCGAGCUUUCCUCAGAUACCCGUCUUCUUCUUCUUCUUCUCUGCCUGUAAACAUGGCGGAGGUCAGGCUCUGUUUUGGGAGAGGAGCACUGGGGAGAAUAUACAACCUGCACCUCCGGGAGAGCUCCUUUAAACACCGUGAAAGUUUAACUCAGACCUCGUCUCUGACCUCCGGGUCUCUGUCGGGUUGUUGUACAGAUGGCGGACUGCAGGGAGGUGAAAAUGCGGAGGACAGAGUGCCCGGUGGAGCCUCACGGGACAGUUACACAAGUGUGACCGCGGAGCUCGGUGCUGUGGAGGAUAUUUGUGUAAAUGUCGCUGAAUAUCACAGUUGUCACGGACUUAACGAGGACUCACUUAAUAACAAGACCCGGGGACAGCUUACAGGAGAAACCCUCCCUCGGUGCUGGAGUCGUGCGAGGUUGAGGAGGAGUUUCUGCUCCUCCGGUGAUCUCAGUCAGAGGGGGUGUUGGGGACAGUUUGUGUUUAUCCGGGAGUUCGGGGACAACGGGGCUCGAUCUGAGCCACUGUUCAAAACCAAAACCGGUUAUUAUGAAAUCCUGGAGGUUUUACCCAGCGCCACUCAGGUCCAGAUCAAAACCGCCUACUACAAGCAGUCCUUCAUCUUCCACCCGGACAGAAACGCCGGCAGCGAGGUGGCCACCGUCCGCUUCUCCGACAUCAGCGAGGCCUACACGGUGCUGGGGAACAAGGCGCUGCGGAGGAAGUAUGACCGGGGGCUGCUGAGCCAGACGGACCUCAUCGCGACGACCAGAUCCUCCUCUUCCUCCAAGGACGGCACCGGGGGCUCCGCCACACAGCAGCCCGACAGCCGGCGGUCUGUGGCGGGCGCCGACAAACGAGGAGGCGUUUACGACUUCGACAAGUUCUUCAAGUCUCACUACAACGAGCAGCUGCAGAGAGAGAGAGACAUCCGAGCCCGCAGAGAGGACAUUCUGAAGGGCAAACACGAGGCGAUGACCGAGAGGACGAGCAAAAUGACGGAGAUGUGCGUCUUGCUGCUGAUGGUGAUGGGUGUGGGUUUAACUUUGAGCUUGAAACGGGGCUGAGGGGGAGAUGGAGGAACGUUGACCCGGACAGGGCUGCUGGACAAGGACACAGAUUCACUGUGGGGUCUUUGAAUUGUCACCAUCCUUCACACCACUGGGGAAAACACUGCCCCUGUGGCCUCUGCUAAAUGUGACCCUGUCUCUACACCUCCAUAAGCUCCAUAAUGUUUCGUUUCAAGAUAACACAGUGUGAUUUUCUGUAGAACACACUGUCAUCAUGCAAGCUGCUAACCGAACACUGAACAUUGAGCUGUAACAAUUAGUCCCCUAUAUUGAUGAUCAAUUAAUUAUCAAGUCACAAGACAAAUGAGAGCAUGUUCUGCCUCUCUGUAUCCAGUGAUAUUAAAGUAAAUGUUUGGUACAUUUUUAGACCAAAUGAUAAAUUGGUGAUGAAAAUAAUCUUCAGUUGCAGCGUGCAUAUAAGUAAGACUCCUCCAAGUGAAGUGCAGUGCUCUUGUCACUGUGUUGAGUCAGUGUUCAUCACGUGUCUGUAAAACACUUUAACGCCACAUGUUUCAUUACCUCCACUGUCAGAUGUUCCCAUGUCUGUUGGUUUGUUGGUUUGUAGACAAGAUUACACAGAAUCAACUCAACGAAACGUAGUGAACGAUGUGGCAUGGGUCAAAGAGGGAGCCACUACAUUUUGUUGUGGAUCCCAAUCAGAUGUUAGAUCCAGGAUUUUUUUUUUUCACUUUAUAAAACAUUGUGAGAUGUUUCUACAGUUUCCACGGGGAAUCAUUCAUGAAUAUUGAUGAAUAGGUAUAAUAAGGGAAGUGCUAUCUCUGAGUGUGUGUAAUUUGAUGCAGCAUUAAAUUCGAGGGGGCUGUGGGGCCUUGGUGGAGAUAUGCAGUCUGCUGAGUGUCAUUCUAAUUCUCUACGGUUUUGUUUUUGUCUUUUACUAGACAUUUGUCAGUGACAUGGGAGUGAUUGUCCACCGUGCCACAUGUUGUUAGCAUGUGAUCAUAUGAUGAUAGAGGAAGAUUCAGUGGUUGAUUUACAAACUAUUUCUUCAGUUCAGCUCCUUCGGCUUUUAUAAAGUCAUCUGUCUCAACAGUUUCUUUAUUUUUGACCAGGGUUUAUUGCAAUUUAUAAAAUAUUUAUUUUAUAGCAAUGUAAAUAAUUCAGGAGCUGUAAGUCUAUGCUCACAUAGUGAAGAUAAAGAAUGUGCCUUGGAAAAUAUUGAUUGUAAAAAUCAAUGGUUUGUUUUCUCCAGAUAUUUAAAAAAUAAAUGACUAAUGAUCAGAGCCUGUCAGAGCUCAAUGAAAA